ACCGCAGACUGUUCGUGUUCCAUCAUGCUGCGUUACUGUCGCUGCUGAUUUUUUUUAACCGUUUUUGGCACCAAAUUCCGGUUUCGCAUAUUAUGAGCAGCAUGGUAUGCUUUCGAUGACCUCUCAUUUCCAAUUUUGCAAACUCCGAGCAACAAUGGCACCUACACUCUCACAGCCACUCGGGUACUACGAGCGCCGAGAGAACCCCUCCAUCCUCACCACUGGCCAAGACGAUUUCGACUUCGCUGACGAGUGGAAUGAGCAAGAUAAACAUUCGACUUCGCGCUGGCGGAACUCAAACCAGAACAAGACAUCUUCUCAAUCCACUUCACGAUGGAGUUCGUGUCUUUCAUCGCUGUCAUCCAGCGUCGUCGGGGCUAGCACUGCUUUGACCAAGCAAAUCAACGUGGGCGAGUCGACUCGGCGGGCUAUCAGCCAGCUCCGCAAAUCGAUGAUUGAAGUUUCGUCCAGCACGGAGUCCACGCUCAAAGCUUCCAUGCCUGUCCGACAUCGGUUCAGUGAAGCGGACAUUGGCCGAUUCGAAGAUCAGCCAGACAGUGAGAAAGCUGGUGACGAGGACAUGGACGAGAAAGCUAGCGGUAAGGACAAGAGACUUCACUCAACGAAGUCGAGGUCACAGAGCAGAUAGAGAGAAGAGAGAUUGUGGUAACAUACACGAAGCAAUAAUACAUGUAGAUAUUUCAAUUUGACCUUUGC